GCCGCCAUUGAAAAUACGAAUUUGAACUUAACUGACUUGCCUAGUUAAAUAAAGGUACAAUUUAAAAAAACACGGACAGCGAUGCACUGCUGAUUAUCUCACAUCGAUUGUUCCGCCUGUAACGAUGCCACUCUGCAAUUGAUUACUGGCACCUUUCUGGCUCCCCUGAAAACAUGGCGGCGCCCACUGUCGAAACGCAAGUCGUUCCAGCAAAACAACGAACCGUACGAGGACCACGGCGGGUGGCCAAUCAAAUUCCUGAUGAAAUCCUGCAAGACCCAGAGUUACAGGAGGCUAUCCACGCUCUGCCUGCAAAUUACAACUUUGAGAUCCACAAGACAGUCUGGCGGGUGAGACAGGCUAUGUCUAAGAGAGUGGCCCUGCAGCUACCGGAGGGCCUGCAGAUGUUUGCCUGUGUCAUCGCUGACAUCAUCGAGAGGUUCACAGAGGCAGACACCAUUGUGAUGGGUGAUGUGACGUACGGAGCCUGCUGCGUGGACGACUUCACGGCCCGCGCCCUGGGGGCAGACUUCAUGGUGCACUACGGCCACAGCUGCCUCAUCCCCAUAGACUCCACAGUAGGCAUUAAGAUGCUGUACGUGUUUGUUGAUAUCCAGAUGGACAACGCACACUUUCUGGACACGGUCAAGUUCAACUUCCCCCCUGGACACUCUCUGGCACUCGUCAGCACUAUCCAGUUUGUGGCUGCACUGCAGGCGGUGAGUGCAGCUCUGAGGCCAGAGUAUGAGGUGGUGGUUCCCCAGUGUCGUCCCCUGUCCCCUGGAGAGAUCCUGGGGUGCACCUCCCCCCGCCUCGACCGAAAAGUCAACGCCAUCAUCUACCUGGGAGAUGGCAGGUUCCAUCUGGAGUCCAUCAUGAUUGCAAAUCCAGAGAUACCUGCCUACAGGUACGACCCGUACAGUAAGAUAUUUUCCAGGGAGUACUAUGACCAUGAAGCCAUGCGGUCCAUCCGGCUCCAGGCCAUCGACAAAGCUCGCUCUGCCCAGAGAUGGGGCCUGAUCCUGGGCACGCUGGGCCGGCAGGGCAACCCUAAGGUCAUGGAGCACCUGGAAUCCAAGCUUGAGUCUCUUGGCAAGUCCUUCACUCGAGUGCUGCUGUCUGAGAUUUUCCCCAGCAAGCUGGACCUGAUGGCAGAAGUGGAUGCGUGGGUCCAGAUCGCUUGCCCGCGUCUCUCCAUUGAUUGGGGCACAGCUUUCUCCAAACCCCUGCUGUCUCCCUAUGAGGCAGCUGUGGCUCUGCAGCAGGUGGGCUGGCAGGAGGUGUACCCCAUGGACUUCUACUCCAAUCAGAGCCUGGGGCCAUGGGCGCCCAACCACCCCGACAACCAACCAGCUCGGCCCGCCCGCAAACAGAUACAGACUGGCUCACAGCCAGCCCCUCUCUCCGCUCCCUCACAGCAGUCUGAACAGUGUGGACAGAACCAAUGCGCUCCUUGUGGCUGUCAGGGAGAAUGACACAUACACCACCACCAGUGCUGGCUGCCAACCAGCUCUUAUCAUGGCGAUCGGUUGGAGCCAGGCCAGCCUAGAGGGGAGUGAGUCUAUCUACCACCCACAGGAGGGCUUUCGCUCUGAGCCCUGCUCAACACCUCGCCUCCCCCAGGAGACAGAGAACCAGAGACACUUCACCUCAGAUACUAUUCCGUUGUUGUCCUGACGGAAUGGACUAUACUGCAUCUAAGGGUUGUUACCUUGUAAAGUGUGUAUGUGUUGAGCACAGAGAAACUGAGGCACGGUAUGUCUGUGUAUGAAGAGGGUGAAUAUGUGCAGGAAUGUGUGUGAGUGGGUGUGCAUUCAUGUAUAUUUUUCUGUGAAAGAGAGAGGGGGAAGAAUGAUAUAAGUUGGUGUGUGGGGGUAAUAAAGAGAGAGGAAUACA